AGGCUUAUGACUCUAAAUACCAUCCACAAAAAGCCACAGGAAUUCCAAUAUGCUACAGAAGGAAGAUGAGAGAGCAUCGCCCGUGUCCCAGAUCCCUGCUGGCAUGGAAUUCACUAAGUAGAAAUGCUCUGACUGAGAGAAGUAGGCUAUGUCUUGCUACAGAUGAAAACAAAUAGCCUACCGUUGCCAAUCUGUUGGUGAAUUAUGAACAUACACCAGUGGUGUGCCCUGGCAGCAGAGGAAGAUAACAGUGUGCUGGGCAGUACUUAACAGGUGUAUGGCCACAAGACUGAGGGAAGUGAUUAUCUGUCUCUACUUGGCAGUUGUUGGACUGCAUCUAGAGUGGCAUCCAAGUUUGAGCCCUCCAAUAUUAGAAACAUGUUGGUUAAUUGGAGCAGAGGGCCACCAAGACAGCUGGAGGCUGGAGCAAGGAGAGACUGAGGGAAAUGGGCUUGUUUGGCUUGGAGCAGAGAAAACAUCCGGGUGCAGCCUUCCAGUUCCUGCAAGGAGAAUACUGAGAAGACAGAGCCAGGCUCUUCACAGUGGUGCAUGGCAAGAUGACAAGAGAGAGCAGACAAAUUGAAAUGAAAGAGGUUUGGGCCUGAUGUAAAGAAAAGGACAUAAGGAUAGUCAGGCAGUAGAACAGGCUGCCCAGAGAGGUUGUGCAAUCUCUCCAUACUUAGAGGUUUUCAAGACCCAGCUGGAGAAAGCCCUGAGCAACGUGGUCUGACCUCAAAGCUGACCUUGCUUUGAGCAGGGGAUUGAACCAGAGACCUCAUGAGGAGCCUGAAUCUGAAUACACUGUGUUUCAGGCUGCUUGGAGCCUAAAAACACGAGCUUUGACAGAAAUGGUGUAUGUGGAUGAAAUCGAAGUGGAUCAGGAAGGAAUUGCAGAGAUGAUGCUUGAUGAAAAUGCUAUUGCUCAAGUUGCACGACCAGGAACAUCUUUGAAACUCCCUGGAACUAGCCAAGGUGGAGGUCCCAGCCCAGCUGUUAGGCCAGUAACUCAGUCAGGAAGACCUAUUACAGGAUUUGUGAGACCCAGCACGCAAAGUGGACGGCCAGGUACUAUGGAACAGGCCAUAAAAACACCUCGAACAGCUCACACAGCUCGUCCAAUUACUAGUGCUUCUGGGAGAUAUGCCAGGCUAGGAACGGCCUCAAUGCUAACAAAUCCAGAUGGCCCUUUCAUAAAUAUAUCUCGACUGAAUUUAGCAAAAUAUGCUCAUAAACCCAAACUGGCAAAGGCAUUAUUCGAAUAUAUUUUUCACCACGAAAAUGACGUAAAAAAUGCUCUGGAUUUGGCAGCCCUUGCCACUGAGCACGCACAGUUCAAGGACUGGUGGUGGAAAGUCCAAAUUGGGAAGUGCUAUUACAGGUUAGGAUUGUAUCGAGAGGCUGAAAAACAAUUUAAGUCAGCUCUCAAGCAACAGGACAUGAUUGAUACAAUCUUGUAUUUGGCAAAAGUGUAUUUGCGCUUGGAUCAGCCUGUAACAGCUUUAAACCUUUUCAAGCAAGGAUUAGAUCGAUUUCCUGGAGAAGUGGCUCUUCUUUGUGGAAUUGCCAGGAUCUAUGAGGAAAUGAACGAUAUCUCCUCAGCUGCAGAGUACUACAAAGAUGUUUUAAAACAAGACAAUACGCACGUGGAAGCCAUUGCAUGUAUUGGCAGUAACCAUUUUUACUCAGACCAACCCGAGAUAGCUCUGCGGUUUUAUAGACGGCUCCUGCAGAUGGGUGUUUACAACUGCCAGCUUUUUAACAAUCUUGGCCUCUGUUGCUUCUAUGCCCAGCAAUAUGAUAUGACACUAACUUCAUUUGAGCGUGCACUUUCUUUGGCUGAAAAUGAGGAGGAGACAGCAGAUGUGUGGUACAACUUGGGACACGUGGCUGUGGGGAUAGGAGAUCUGAAUCUGGCUCACCAGUGUUUCAGGCUGACAUUAGUUAACAAUAACGACCAUGCAGAGGCUUACAACAACUUGGCUGUGCUGGAAAUGCGAAAAGGUCACACUGAGCAGGCAAGAGCUUUGCUACAGACUGCUUCAUCUUUAGCACCUCAUAUGUAUGAGCCCCACUUUAAUUUUGCAACACUCUCAGAGAAGGUUGGAGAUCUUCAGAGGAGUUACAUAGCUGCUCAGAAGUCAGAGGAAGCAUUUCCAGGCCAUGUUGAUACACAACAGCUCCUCAAACAGUUAAAAGAGCACUUUGCUAUGCUCUGAUGACAUAUUUUUUUACUGUGUAAAAACAGUUCAAAAUUAGCCAGAGUGGAUGUCCAGUACAUUAAAAAAAGAAAAAUAGCUCAAAGUAAAGAGAAAUACUGUACUUAAUCCAUCCCUGUGGCAAAACCUGUGCUCCUUUCAGUAGCAGGAAAGAUUUAAGAAUCCUAAUUAGUGUCAUCUUAAAACAUAUCACUUUUUGAAAUGCAGCCAGAACACGUGUUGCAACUACAUACAAGAGAGAAUGUAAGAGGGGCAAGAUACUGCCACUGGGACGGCUUUGAAAUAGUUGUCUGAUAUAAUAGCAAGUAAGUCUCCAUUUAAUAUUAAUGAACUUUUUAAAGGAUUUGUUCUGACUUUUCUGCAGAUAUAAAGUGUUUUUAAAUGUUCCUGUGUGACAUUCUGUCAAGCAGCAUGGAGUAAGAAUACUUCAUAACUGGUCUUCAAACCUGGCCUUUGAUACUGUGCUUUCUUACUGAACGUUAAGUUUUAAAACUGAAGUACUUAAUAAAAUGUGUUUAAAAUACACAUGCAAAACAGAAGUUCAUCUAUUGCUUGUUGUACCACAGGAAUGAAAUAAAUUCCAGUUUGUAUA